CUCUGCCUCUGAAGGAUCUCUCCCCAAGCCAUAUCACUCUCCAGCCACAGCUGGAAACAUAUUGCUGUGGGAGCCAAACGAUAGUUCCUGAAACGCUGAAAAUGGAAUAACUGAGCAGGAACCGGAGACUACUUCCUCUUAAAACUCUUUUUUUUAUAAGACUUCGUUCAGGGAUAAACUUUCUUGGAUCCCGCUGGAUUGUCUUUUCUAGGAUUUGGAUACUGCUUCUCUCUCUCUCUCCCUCUCUGGAAUAAGAGCCUCACACUAAAAAGGAAUAGGAGGAUUUAUUUAUAAGUGGACCUAAUUGAUAUGCAUUGGUGUUAGUCUUUGAUCCUGUCGGAGUGGGACGCAUCGAGCAAGGGACUGAGGAGGGAGCAGUGCCGACUUGGAACAUGGUGCCUAAUAUUCACCUGGCAGUGCCCCUCCUGCCCAGAGGGGCGUUGCUGUUCCUGCUUCUCUUCAGCUGCAUGGUCUUCUCAUCUGUGGCAGAGAGCAUGCCGAGUUUCGUGAAAUCCCCGGAGGACCAGACGGGUAUCUCGGGCGGAGUUGCAUCGUUUGUGUGCCAGGCCACUGGGGACCCCAAACCCAGAAUCACCUGGAUGAAGAAAGGCAAGAAAGUCAGCUCCCAGCGCUUUGAGGUGAUUGAGUUUGACGACGGUUCGGGCUCCGUGCUCCGGAUCCAGCCGCUGCGCACACACCGAGAUGAAGCCAUUUACGAGUGCACAUCCACCAACAGCGCCGGCGAGAUCAACACCAGCGCUAAGCUCACAGUGCUUGAAGAGAACCAGGUCCCCCAUGGCUUCCCCACCAUCGACAUGGGUCCCCAGCUGAAGGUGGUUGAAAAGACCAGGACCGCCACCAUGCUGUGCGCCGCCGGUGGAAACCCAGACCCAGAGAUCACCUGGUUCAAGGACAUGCUUCCUGUGGACAUCAGCAGCAGCAACGGGCGAAUCAAACAGCUCCGCUCAGGAGCUCUGCAAAUUGAGAACAGCGAGGAGUCCGACCAGGGGAAAUAUGAAUGCGUUGCCAUGAACAGUGCCGGGACUCGUUACUCUGCUCCUGCCAAUCUCUACGUACGAGUGCGAAGAGUCCCACCGAGAUUCUCCAUCCCGCCCACCAACCAGGAGGUGAUGCCGGGCGGCAGCAUCAACCUGACGUGCGUGGCCGUGGGCUCGCCGAUGCCCUACGUCAAGUGGACCACGGGCCAGGUGGAGCUGACCAAGGAGGAGGAGAUGCCGCUGGGACGCAACGUGCUGGAGGUCACAAACAUCCGCGUGUCGGCCAACUACACGUGCGUGGCCAUUUCUUCCCUGGGCAUCAUCGAGGCCACGGCCCAGGUCACUGUCAAAGCCCUGCCAAAGCCCCCGGCCUCCCUCAUCGUGACAGAGACCACCGCCACCAGUGUGACCCUCACCUGGGACUCGGGGAACCCAGAACCAGUGUCCUACUACAUGAUCCAGUACAAAGCCAAGGCCUCAGACAACGGCUUCCAGGAAGUGGAAGGCGUGGCGACCACCCGUUACAGCAUCGGCGGACUCAGCCCCUACUCCGAGUACGAGUUCCGGGUCAUGGCUGUCAACAACAUUGGCCGCGGACCACCCAGCGACCCCGUGGAGACCCGCACCGGUGAGCAGGCCCCCUCCUCCCCUCCGCUGCACGUCCAGGCCCGCAUGCUGAGUGCCAGCACCAUGCUGGUCCAGUGGGAACCGCCCGAGGAACCCAACGGGCAGAUCAGGGGCUACCGGGUGUACUACAGCUCGGACCUGACGGCUCCGCUCAGCGCCUGGCAGAAGCACAACACAGACGACAGCAGUCUGACCACCAUCUCCGGCCUGACUCCGGAUAUCACCUACAGCCUGCGGGUGCUGGGCUUCACCUCUGUCGGUGACGGACCCCCGUCUGACGUCCUGCAAGUGAAGACGCAGCAGGGAGUCCCUGCUCAGCCGUCCAGCUUCGAGGCCGAAGCCGAGCUGGACACCCGCAUCGUGCUCACCUGGCUGUGGCCGGUGCAGGGCCCCAUCACCAAGUACGAGCUGCAGUACUGGGAGGCCGGCUCAGACAACAAGAUCCACGUGACCUUCAACCCGGCCGGCUCUCACUCCGUGGACGCUCUGAAGCCUGACACCUUGUACCGCUUCUCGCUGGCCGCCCGCUCUGACAUGGGUUUAGGAGUUUACACCCAGCCCGUGGAGGCCCGCACCGCCCAGUCCACCCCGUCCGCUCCCCCUCAAGAGGUACACCUGUCCAGCCUGAGCUCCACCAGUCUCAAGGUGAGUUGGGUGGCGCCGCCCGCCGCUAGCCGCCACGGCGCCAUCGUGCGCUACACAGUCAGCUACCAGGGCCUGGCUGGGGAGGACACGGAGCGGCACGAGGUGACUGGCAUCGGGGCAGACGCCACCAGCCAUGUGCUGGUGGGCCUGGAGAAGUGGACUGAGUAUCAGGUGUGGGUGAGGGCACACACUGAUGUGGGCCCGGGCCCUGAGAGUGCCCCAGUGAAGAUGAAAACCAAAGAGGAUGUGCCAGGAGCCCCCCCCAGGAAGCUGGAGGUCGAGGCCAUCAACUCCACCGCCAUCCGGGUCACCUGGAAGCCGCCGCUGCAGGGGAAGCAGCACGGCCAAAUCCGAGGGUACCAGGUCAUCUUCUCCCGGCUGGAAAACGGAGAACCUCGAGGGCAGCCGAACAUCAUGGACGUCGCUCUGCCAGAGGCACAGUGGAAUAUUGAGGAGUCCACCGAGCAUGAGGCCUUCAUCGCCGGCCUGCACUCUGAGACCACGUACUCUGUCACUGUGGCAGCGUACACCACCAAGGGGGACGGCGCCCGGAGCAAAGCGAAGGUCAUCACCACCACGGGGGCAGUGCCAGGCAGGCCGACCAUGAUGAUCAGCACCACCAUGGAAAACACGGCUCUGAUCCAGUGGCAGCCUCCCAAGGAGAUGGUGGGCGAGCUGAUGGGCUACCAGCUGCAGUACAAGCGCACCGACGAGGAAACCUUCACCUCACGCGAACUGAGGAAGAUCGAUGACCACUACACCGUCACCGGACUGCACAAAGGAGCGACCUAUAUCUUCCGCCUCAGCGCUCGCAAUAGAGCAGGCAUCGGCGAGGCCUACGUGAAGGAGAUCAGCACCCCAGAGGACGUGCCCACGGGCUUCCCCUUCAACCUGCAAGUCACAGGCCUGACUCAGGCCAGCACCCAGCUGACCUGGGAGCCGCCGCUGGUGGCGGAGAGGAACGGCAAGAUCGUUCACUACGUGGUGGUGUACCGGGACAUUAACAGUCAGCAGAACAGCACCAACCGCACGUCCGACACGCACAUGACCAUCCUGGGCCUCAAUCCUGACACCACCUACGACAUCCGUGUGCAGGCGUACACCAGCAAGGGCGCGGGACCCCUCAGCCCGAGCAUUCAGAGCAGGACCAUGUCGAACGAUUUUCCAACACUAAACUUUGGCGUCAAAGCUGUGAUGAAAACAUCCGUCCUCCUCAGCUGGGACCUGCCUCCGAACUACAAACCCCAAGUGCCUUUCAAGAUCUUAUACAACCAGCAAAGCGUGGAAGUGCAGGGAAACCUGAAGAGGAAGCUGAUAGCGCAGCUGCAGCCGGACACAGACUACUCCUUUGUGCUGACGAGCAGGGGCAACAUGGCCGGUGGUCUGCAGCAGCAGGUGUCCAUACGCACUGCUCCUGACCUGAUCAAGACCAAGCCCAGCACGCACCAGGCCGAGGGCGGCAAGAUAACCAUCGAGCUGCCCAAGGUCCAGACCACCACACGCGUCAGGUGGUACUACAUCGUGGUGGUGCCAGUUUCCCAGUCACAGCAGCAGUGGAAGAAUCCAGACGAGAUGGACCUGGAUGAGCUGCUCAAGGCGAGUGAAGGUCCCGUCCUGAGGCGUCGGCGUCACCUGGAUUCCUCCAAACCUUACAUCGCUGCCAAACUGGCGUCGCUGCCCCUCAGCUUCACCCUGGGGGAUGAGAAGAGGUACAACGGUUUCUACAACAAGCCUCUGACCAGUCCACAGGAGUACCUGUGCUUCGUCCUGGCCAUGCUGCGAUCCGACGGGACGGAAGGCGCUGCAAAUUAUAUGACGUUUUCAGCCAGUCCCUACUCCGACCCGAUCCAGGUCCCAGCCAGUCUGAGUGAGCAGCCUGAGAUGUUGUGGGUCAUGGGCCCAGUGUUGGCCGUGGUCCUCAUCGUCAUCAUCGUCAUCGCCAUCCUGCUCUUUAAGAAGAAACGGGCGUCUCCUCUACCCAAAGACGACCACUCAGGGGGGGUGAAAGACUCCCUGCUGCCCAAUUCCUCCGACCCCGUGGAGAUGAGAAGACUCAACUACCAGACCCCAGGUCCCAGCUCGCAUCGUUGCCCCAACACUCCAAGAAUGAGGGAGCACCCGCCCAUCACUGUCGUUGACCUGUCUGACCACAUCGAGCGACUCAAGGCGAACGACGGCCUCCGCUUUUCCCAGGAGUACGAGUCCAUUGAUCCCGGCCAGCAGUUUACCUGGGAGAACUCCAACAUGGAAGUCAACAAGCCAAAGAAUCGCUAUGCAAACGUCAUCGCCUACGACCACUCCAGAGUGGUGCUCACCUCUGUGGACGCUGUUCCAGGCAGUGACUACAUCAAUUCCAACUACAUCGACGGCUACAGGAAGCAGAAUGCCUACAUCGCCACACAGGGGCCUCUGCCAGAGACACUCAGCGACUUCUGGAGGAUGGUGUGGGAGCAGAGAUCCAACACCAUUGUCAUGAUGACGAGACUCGAGGAGAAGUCACGGGUGAAGUGUGACCAGUAUUGGCCGGUACGAGGAACCGAGACCUACGGGAUGAUCCAGGUCACCAUGCUGGACACUGUGGAGCUGGCUACUUACAGCGUUCGUACAUUCGCCCUCUACAAGAACGGCUCCAGUGAGAAGAGAGAGGUGAGACAGUUCCAGUUCAUGGCCUGGCCGGACCACGGAGUACCAGAGUACCCGACACCCAUCCUGUCCUUCCUGCGGCGGGUUAAGUCCUGCAAUCCUUCAGAUGCAGGGCCCAUGGUGGUCCACUGCAGUGCGGGCGUGGGCAGGACCGGCUGCUUCAUCGUGAUCGACGCCAUGCUGGAGCGCAUGAAGCACGAGAAGUCCGUGGACAUCUACGGCCACGUGACCUGCAUGCGCGCCCAGAGGAACUACAUGGUCCAGACCGAGGACCAGUACAUCUUCAUCCACGAGGCCCUGCUGGAGGCGGCGACCUGCGGCAACACCGAGGUGCUGGCACGCAACCUGUACGCACACAUCCAGAAACUCACCCAGCCCCCGCCCGGCGAGACGGUCACUGCCAUGGAGCUGGAGUUCAAGAGACUGGCCAACUCCAAAGCCCACACGUCACGCUUCAUCAGCGCCAACUUACCCUGCAACAAGUUCAAGAACCGCCUGGUCAACAUUAUGCCUUUUGAGUCCACCCGCGUCUGCCUGCAGCCCAUCCGGGGCGUGGAGGGCUCCGACUACAUCAACGCCAGCUGCAUCGACGGCUACAGACAGCAGAAGGCUUACCUGGCCACCCAGGGCCCGCUGGCCGAGACCACCGAGGACUUCUGGAGGAUGCUGUGGGAGCACAACUCCACCAUCGUCGUCAUGCUCACCAAGCUACGAGAGAUGGGCCGGGAGAAGUGUCAUCAGUACUGGCCGGCAGAGCGUUCAGCCAGGUACCAGUACUUUGUGGUGGAUCCCAUGGCUGAGUACAACAUGCCCCAGUACAUCCUCCGAGAGUUCAAAGUCACAGAUGCCAGGGACGGCCAGUCCAGAACAAUCCGCCAGUUCCAGUUCACUGACUGGCCCGAGCAAGGAGUGCCAAAAACUGGAGAGGGCUUCAUUGAUUUCAUCGGACAAGUUCACAAAACCAAGGAGCAGUUUGGACAAGACGGACCAAUCUCUGUACACUGCAGUGCCGGGGUGGGCAGGACCGGAGUCUUCAUCACCCUCAGCAUCGUGCUGGAGAGGAUGAGGUACGAGGGCGUGGUCGACCUCUUCCAGACAGUGAAGACACUUCGCACCCAGCGGCCGGCCAUGGUGCAGACGGAGGACCAGUACCAGUUGUGCUACCGGGCAGCGUUGGAGUACCUGGGGAGCUUUGACCACUAUGCAACGUAACCACUCCCUCCGAGCAGCCUCCCUGGUCAGACCUCUCAGGAGUGUGCCAAGUGUCCCAUCUCAGCCACCAUCCACUCACUUGACCCCUCCCCCCCGUCCCCAACCAACCCCCGAACCCCCAACCCUGCGAAGAAAAAAAAAACAACAGCCCCCCCCCCCGCAGCUACCGGAGGGGAGGAGAAUGGCACGUGCUUGCAGACCCAGUGACGGGUUUCAACCAAUCACAGAGAUUCGCGUCCACGACUUGUAACCAACCACGUGAACUUCUUUUGCUUUAAGAAUAACGGAACCAUCACCAAGACUCUGACUCUUGUACAGACGCGACGGAGCCGGGCGACGCCCCCCCGCCCGCUGGGCGACGCCCCCGCCCCCCCCCGCUCGGCUCCGUCCAAGCCAAACCUCCCUGAUUGUCAAAGGCUACUGGUAGCACUAAGAGAGCUCUCUCUCACUCUUUCUUUCUGUUAGUCGACUUGUCAAUAUUAUUGAUUCAUUAUGUCAUUAUCUUAUUGUUUGGUAUACUUCUUCUUUUAUUUUUUGUGGAUGUUUUUAAUAAUCAUUUUAACAUCAGA